CUCACUUCCUCACUUUUUAAUUUCACUUUCGUGAGAAGUGCGGUAAAAAUGCUAAAGCAUGUUAUGUUCUUAUUGGUUUUCCAUCAAUGCCUCGCAGAUGUCCACUCUCUUCAUCGACGUUGCGCUGCGACGCAGGGGAAUUCAUAUCCUAAGAACAUCCAGUUUUUAAUGGUAGAUGACAUUAUGGUCUACUAUUACAUCAGUGCUGGGAAGGAACCCUCAAUACCGAAGUGGCUGAACCAUUCAGAGGGUAUUUUUCUCUGGGGAGAGAUCAGGAGGAAUUUGAAUUAUAAUCGUUUCAUUAUGGACACUGCCGUAAGAUUGACAAGUGAACGCUUCAAUCACUCUCAUGACCACAUUUACCAGGCCCAUGGUCGGUGUGAUUAUAAGGAUGAGUACAUUUCAUCAGCCAUGAGCCAUGCUUAUGACGGUAAAGACUUUGUGAGUUUUGAUGUUGAAUCCAACACAUGGGUGGCUGCAGUUCCUGAAGCACAGUUCUAUAAAAGGAAAAGGGAGGACAAUAUUGAGGAUCUUCAUCGACUGAUUCAUUCAUAUAAAUACGGGUGCAUCGACUGGCUGAAAAAAUUGCUGCUUUUCAGCCAGGAAGAGAGGAAAGAGAAAGUUCCAGAUGUUGUGCUGAUUGAAAAGUCCUCCCCUGGUUCCUCUGACACAGCGGUCACAUGUCACGUAACUGGAUUUUACCCUCGGGCGGUGCAGGUGGAGUGGCUCAAUCAAGAAGGCCACAUAUUGGACAGAGUGAGUAGUGGGGAGGUGCUGCCCAACGGAGAUGGUACGUACCAGAUAAGCCGGACUCUGAGUGUACCAGACGGAGCCCGAUGGUCCCAGAUCUACAGGUGUCAGGUCGUGCACAGCAGUGUGACUGGACACAUCACAGUGGAAUGGGAGCCCAACAGGAGCUUUUUCAUACCUCUGAUAGUGGGAUGCUCAGUCUUUACAGGAGUAUCUGUGCUGGUUUUGAUACUGUACAUAAAAAAAAUAUCCAUCUGUAGCUUCGCAUACAUGGGCCCUUUGAGAAACAUAAACUUGAACUUCGGAGGAUGAAUAUGACAUUUCACACAUCACCCUCUCAAUUCAUCCAAAGAUGUGAUCAGGGAGCCUCUGGCAAGAUGAGACACCAGCUGCAGCAGCCAAUACUGACUGUUGCUUGCAGUUUACUUGAGUUUACUUGAAUUGUUUCGUUCUAUUUAUGAAAAUGGUUUCAUGUUCAGUAUUAUGGAUGAUUUUUCUUGUUGUAAUACCUCUGCCCAGAACUUGGAUUCAGAUGCCUUAAGGUCUGGUUAAGUCAUCUAUCAUAGCCUACUCAUAUUGCAGUUAGCAGUGAGUCUAUAUUUAUAUUGAUUUUGAUUAGUAAUGCAAUCAGAUAUGUGCCAUAAAAACAGCUUUGUACCUCAACUCCAAAUACCGUUAUUUUGUAAGUUUAUGAUUCUAUUUAUAUCGUUGUGUUGUUUUUUUUUUGGUCACUAUAUCUAGCAGGCAAUAUUAUGUGUUUAUUGAACAAAAAUAUAUAAAUUUAUAAUCUUUAUUUUUGAAAUUUUAUAUAUUUAUUUUUUGAAACCUCCUCAAUAAUUUGAACUAUUUUUCUUUUUAUGUGAAAAAGUUCAAUAAAGAAGAAUAAAGAAGAAAUCA